AUGAUUCCAGACUCAAUUAUAUCAAAACAAGGACCUUUGGGACACGUCUGGUUAGCGGCAAACUAUGACAAAAAGUUAACAAAACAACAAUUAAUGAACACAAGUAUUGUCAAAUCAACAGAAUACAUAGCCAAUCAUCCAGUAAUCACAAAUGUGUCUGUAUCCCAAGAACUACCAAGUGACUUAGACUCGACCAAUACAAUAACGCUUCGAUUAUCUGGUCAACUUUUAUUGGGGAUUGUGAGAAUAUACUCUAGAAAGACCAAAUAUUUAUUAGACGACGUCAAUGAUAUAUUAUACAAAUUAAAAGCUUCUUUCAAGUUAUCAAGUGGGGUCAAUUUGGGAUCUGAUAAUAUUUCCAAUCAAGUCAAUUUACCUCCUGAACAAACCAUUUUACAAAAUUUAAAUAGUAUUAUAUUGAAGGACCAAGUUACCUCAGCCAAUUUGUUACAGCAAGAUGAUCUUGAUUUAUCUGACAUACACGGCACCCUGACAGGAUCAGGAUUAGAUGGCAUGCUAAAUCACAAUGCUAGCCAAAGUAGUAGCGAAUAUUCAGAAUAUGAUAACUCAAUUGAAUUUCCUAGAUAUGAGGAAGAAGCUGCGGCCCCUGGCCAUACUGAAGACUUUGAAUUAGACUUUGACUUGAAUUUGGAUGACGAUAACUCAAUAGAGUACGGCCGUGAUGCAUCAGUAUCCAUCAACGAUAGGGAAAUAUCUAUAAUCUCCGAUGUACACAAAGAGCGAACUACCGGAGACAUAUUUGAUCUAAAUUUUGGACAGCCAUUAGAUGAUUUAAAUGAUGACGAGGCCGAGAAUGAAGAGGACAGACAAUUGCCUUCAAACUCAGAACACCAAGAAAGAUCAGCUGAAUCAGAUCUACAACCACGUCGUGUUAGACAGAAAAGGACCAGAAUCACUGAAGAUGGACAAAUUAUCACUAACAACAGAAAACUUGUUGUUGAUUCAGAAGAGGCAAUGGAAGGUUUGGCCAUUCAACAGUUAAAGGACAAUCAGGAAAAGAUCUUACUGGGGCAAGAUUCGGCUCCGUAUAUAAGCUUGAAUUUAUCCGAUUUUGAAAAAUUAAAGUUGAUUGAAGAGUUGGCUGUUCCAGUAGCAACUAAAAAACGGAAGCUUUGGAACUUGAAUGCAGAAUUACAAUACAGAUGUGCAGAAUUGGCUCUCCAAGAGCAGCAGCAGCACCAACAGUACGAAGAGAACAAUCAACAAAACGAUUUCCAUUUAGAUCAAAGUUUUGAUAAUGACUCGAUGGACUUUGAUUUGUCAUUACCUGAUUUUGAUGACCAACAUUCUGAUAAUUUCAGUGAUGCUGGUAUUUUAGACGAUGAAGUUGACGAAGAAGAUGAUACUAAUUACACACACACGGCAAGAGUCACGGAACAAAUUGGACAAGAGUUGAUUGAACUAUUCAAAUCAUCUAAUACUGUUGAAUUUGAAAAGUUGAUUGAGACAGAUUCAGAAAUACAUCACAGAAAUCCUGAUAAAUUGCCGUUAGGAGUUGUCAGCAAAAACAAGGAUCGCAUCAAUUCUAGAAAGGAAGCUACUAAAUGCUUUUUUGAAUUAUUAGUUCUAGCAACUAAUAAUUGCAUUUCUUUAGGUCAAAUCCCACAAGAAACAACAAUUGCUGGAGAUAUCAGCAUCACUUCAAGAGACAGAUUAUUUAGUCAGUUUGUAUAG